CACCCAAUCCCAUGUUGCCUCCUCACCGCAACCAUGUCCCCUCUAAUCUGAGCACACAAAAAAACCAGUAAUAAUCUUUAAAUAUCCUUUCAUUUACACCCCCAAGGUUUUGCCUUUUGCCAAGAAAAUGCCCCCAUAGCACCUUCUGCCUGUGUUGUGUGUACUUGUUAUUGCUUGGGAAGUAAAAGGAAUACUAUAUAUAUUUAUAUAUAUAUACUGAAUUAAUUUGGGUGUGGAUUUAAGGGUGCCGAAAAAGAAAAAAAAAAAAGAUGAGUGGGACGGCUUCAACAUCGGUGGCGGUGGGGGUGGGGAUGGGGGGCGGAGGGGAGAUGGGGUACGGUGGUUAUAAGCCACCGUUCACAGCGGUGCAGUGGCAGGAGCUGGAGCACCAAGCUAUGAUAUAUAAGUACCUGGUGGCUGGCCUGCCGGUACCGCCGGACCUUGUUAUGCCCAUUCGCCGGAGCUUUGAUGCACUCUCCGCCCGUUUCUUCCACCACCCUUCGUUGGGCUACUGUUCGUAUUACGGAAAAAAAUUCGACCCGGAGCCAGGAAGAUGCCGAAGGACAGAUGGCAAGAAGUGGAGGUGCUCGAAAGACGCGCAUCCAGAUUCGAAGUAUUGCGAGCGGCACAUGCACAGAGGUCGAAACCGUUCAAGAAAGCCUGUGGAAUCACAUUCAUCUACUCCUUCUACUUCUUCACAGUCGUCACUAUCGACUGCGAUGAUGUCACACCUAUCUAGUGGUGGCAGCGGCGGUGGUGGUAGCAGCGGAAUCUUCCAAGGCGGUGGGGGCCGCGGCGGCGGCGGAACCUUCCGGAGUGUUCCCGUGUAUUCCGGUGUCGGUUCGGAAGGGUUGUCUUUUGGGAGCAGUGUUGCGAAGCUGCAGAUGGAACCCAUCUCGUACGGAAUGGAUGAUAAGGAAUUCAGGUACAUGCACGGACUAACUCCCGAUGCCGACGACAGUAGUUUCUCUCCGGAAGCUUCCGGAAGUCUCGGUUUGGGCUCUAAUGCAGGAACAGCCGCCACCUGGCAUCUCAUGCCCUCUUCGAGCUCGUUAUUGAAACAGAAAUCAGAUUCCCAAUUAUUGUUCGGCCAUCAAAAUAACUCUCACUCUUUCGAGUCCAUUUCGCAGAGGCAGCAAGAGCAACAACAACAACAUCCGGUUCAUCCUUUCUUUAGCGAGUGGCCCACAACAAAGGAAUCUUGGUCAACCCUCGAAGACCAAGAUGGGUCCCACAAGAAUAUUCUCUUCUCGUCUACCCAACUUUCCAUGUCGAUUCCAAGGGCUUCUUUGGACUUCUCUGCGAGGAGUGCUUACUCGCCAAACGAUGCUUGAUGGAAGAUGAUUGGAUCAAUAAAAACCGAUCCAUAUAUCGCUGCGCUUGCUUUGAUUGAUGUCAUAUUUCGAGGACUUGUGUCGUUUGUAUGAAAUUAAUGUACACCUAAUAGUUGAUGACUGAAUUUGUUUUUUUUUUUUUUUUUUUUUGUUUUUUUUUUUUUUUUUUAAUUUUGCUGUCAUUGGCAUUUAGCAUUCUCCUACGUUGAACUCGGGUAUGUAAUGAAAAACAUAUGCAUUAAUAAUAAAAGUCUCUGUCUCUCUUCUGUUCAAAGCUGUCGUCUGUAAUAAAAUGAUGGAGUUUGUGAAUAUUCAGCUUUGAUCUCUACUA